CGACGUUCAUUUCAUAUUCUAGCAUAGUAUUUCGGUCCAAAUGAGACGCGCAGUCACGUCUCCGCCCUGAUCUGUUCCUGCGCGUCCAGCCUCUUCCCAGCGUAUUUCAUCGGUAAAAUGUUUUUUGGAGCAGUGGAGGAGACUCCGACAGGGAAACGAAGGCAAGAAGUGAAUGACUACUGGUGGGAUAAUGUAGGGGACUUUUCAUUCGCAGAGAUGGAAAGUGUGCAGGCUGUCACUGAGGAAGGCGCGUCGGAUGGAGGCGCGACCAAGUUAAUAAAGAAGCCCAGCGGACUGUCUGUUGGCCGGGGGACUCCAGCGGAUGAUGGCGGUGGACAUUUGGCACCCUCCCGAGUAGAUGCAAGGAACGGGAAUAGCCUUUCCCAUGCCGCCUCUACAGCGGGAUCUAGUGCGUCAAAUAAAAGUGCCGCUUCGAAUGGCCGUGGGUUAUCUAGCAACUCCAACUCUCUCCUGUUGAGACGGAGGCGCUUGAAGAGGAACCUCUCCGCCGCAGCUGCAGCCACCGCCACCUCAGCUGUCACCGCCGCCUGCAGCACCAAGAUGAACUCGGCCCUCUCCUCUGCGUCUCUGCACACUCGGAGUCUGGAUCGGAAGACACUGCUGAAACACCGACAGAACAUGCAGCUGCAGCCCUCUGAUCGAGAGUGGGUGAGAGCUGAUCUCCACCGAGGCUCCAUACAUGUCCACGACAGACUGACGCCCUCAUAUCCCAGGCCGGUCCUCUGCACGAUGGACACCACAGCCGGCGAGAUGGCGCUCCGUCUGAGUAAACUCAGCUCCAAGUCGGGCUCCGUUUUGCGCAUAUUUUGUAAAGAUAGCCCCAUGACUGACCAAAAUGGCAACUGCAAUGCGAAGUAUGAAUUUAAUGAUAAUCAGUGCAAGGUGAAUGAAGACGGAAGUGUAAAAUGCAGCCAUUUGACUUCCCUGGAAUCCACAGAAUUAAGGGGAGGCCUGUCUGGCCAGCCAAGUGACAGGUUGAGACUGCUGCUCAUGGAGAAUGCUGAUGAGCGGCAAAAGCAACAGGAUAUUGAUGCAAAACUUUUUACUCCAGACUCAGAGUCGCAAGAUAACAUAACCUGUUCAUUGUCAGAUUUAAAUUCUAAUUCUAACCUGGAUACCCCUAAUGAUGAUGACUCAGAGCAGAGGAAUGGUGUAGACAGUUUUGGAUUAAAUUCCGGUUCAGAUGUGGAGAGCAGUACGUUUGAUGACCUCAGCUCGGGGGCCCGGCUCAGUGAGCACAGGGACUCCCUGAGUGAUGACAUGAUCCUGGGCACUGAGGCGUCCAUCCUCAGCCCCACGUUCGAUAGUGCCACAGAGGGCCAUGAUACUUACGGCAGUUCCUCGGAUGAACUGGAGCUUGAUGGGCCCACAUCAAACAUGAGCAUUGAUGCUCUCCCCCAGCAUCACUCCAACGGCAUCAGUGCUGUCACUGCCAACUACAAGAACUGCAGCAUAGGACAUUUAAACGACAUGACCAGCAACAUGGGGACAGAAAACAGACUCAAUUCUCACAACCUGAGCAGCCUGCCACCCAGCAGUAGUGCAGGCUCAUUGUCCAAAACCUGUUGUACAGGUAAUACUUCCGACAUUCAAGAUCCCAAAAGGUGCCAAGGCGCUACACAAUCAGGGUCGACAGUCGAUCAGAAUGGAGAUGCACACAAUUCCAGCCCCACACUUUAUGUUCAAUUACAUGGCGAGGCUGUCAGGAGGCUGGGGCCAGAUGAGAGGCCCCUCCAGAUACAGAGUGACUUUCUUUUUAAGCUUGGAUUUAAGGACCCCUGGCGAGUUCAAGAGGAGGGGAUGAACACCGAAAUUGGCUCCCUGUUACGUUUCUAUGCAGGGAAGCCCCAUAGCAUUGAGAGCUCAGAGCGAGUCCAGCUGUCGGGGACGUAUAAUGUUCGGAAAGGGAAGCUCCAGCUGCCGGUCAACCGCUGGACCCGGCGGCAGGUCAUCCUGUGCGGCACCUGCCUCAUCGUGUCCUCUGUCAAAGAGAGCCAGACGGGGAAGAUGCACAUCCUGCCGCUCAUUGGAGGAAAGGUGGAGGAGGUGAAGAAGCACAAUCACUGUUUGGCCUUCAGCUCCGCGGGACCUCAGAGUCAAACUUACUACGUCAGCUUUGACAGCUUCACAGAACACCUGCGCUGGCACAGACAUGCUGCCAAGAUGGUGUCACAGAGGAUCAACUCAGUGGACCUGUCUUGCUGCAGCUUGGAGCAGCUUCCCCCUAACCUGUUCUACAGCCACGACCUCACCCACCUUAACCUCAAACACAACUUCCUGCCUGCAGACCAGCGACUGCAGCAGCUGCAGAGGUUUUCCCGUCUGCGCAGCCUCAACCUGUCCAACAACCACCUUGGCCAGUUCCCACUAGCCAUCUGUGACAUUCCCACGCUGACGGAGGUCAACCUCAGCUGCAACUACCUGGGCUCCAUCCCCAGCUCUGUCGGGGCCAUGACCAAUUUGCAGACCUUCCUGUUGGAUGGAAACUGUCUGUCUGAGCUGCCCAAUGAGCUGGGUUCUCUCCAGAGGCUGAGCUACCUGGGCCUUUCCUUCAACCAGUUCAGCCAUGUGCCACAGGUGCUGGAGAGGCUGGCGUCCAUGGAGAAGCUGUGCAUGGCUGGCAACAGCCUGGACACACUCACCCUGCAGAGUUUCAGACUGCUCCGCGUCAAACAUAUCGAUCUAAGGUUGAAUAAGAUCUCCAGCGUGGUGCCAGAUGAGCCUGACCUGCUGAGACAUGUGACCCAGCUGGAUGUGAGGGAUAACAGGCUGGAGGAGCUGGACGCCUCACUCUUCCCCAGGCUCGAGGUGCUCCACUGCGAGAGAAACCGCAUCUCCAGCCUCAAGGCCAAGGGUUGCUUGCUCAAAGGCAUCUACGCCUCCAACAACGAGCUACAGCAGCUGGAUGUAAGUCCUGUACCCUCCAAUCUCAGUUACAUGGACAUUUCGAGGAACCGUAUGGAGUCUUUGCCGGACUGGCUGUGUGAAGCAAAGAAACUGGAAGUGCUAGACAUGAGCCACAACCUCAUCACCGAGCUCCCAGCACGGUUGCUAUGCAGCAACAGUCUGAGGAAGCUGAGUGCUGGACACAACCAGUUGCAGAAGCUGCCUGAAAGAGUGGAGCGCCCUCUGCUGGAGGUUUUGGAUGUACAGCACAAUCAACUGGUGGAGCUCCCCUGCAACUUGUUCCUCAAAUCUGACAGUCUACGAUGCCUAAAUGCGUCAGCCAAUAAGCUGGAGCACCUGCCUCCAUCCAGCCUAUCAGAGGAGAGCCACAGCAUCCUCCAGGAACUAUAUCUGACCAAUAACCGGCUGACAGACAAAUGUGUACCGCUGCUAACAGGCCACACUCACCUUCGAGUGCUACACAUGGCCUACAACCACCUCCAGACCUUCCCAGCCAGUAAAAUGGCCAAACUGGAGGAGCUGGAGGAGGUAGACCUGAGUGGAAACAUGCUGAAGACCGUGCCCACCACCAUCAUGAACUGUCGACGCAUGCACACGCUCAUCGCCCACUCCAACGCCAUCGAGGUCUUUCCUGAGGUCAUGCAGCUAAUGGAGAUGAAAUGUGUGGAUCUGAGCUGUAAUGAGCUGAGCGAGAUCACUCUGCCGGAGAACCUGCCUCCCAAGCUUCAGGAGCUGGACCUGACCGGAAACCCCCGUCUCAGUCUGGACCACAAGACCCUCGAGCAGCUCAAUAAUAUUCGCUGCUUCCGUAUUGAUCCGCCUCCAUCCUUUUCAUCGAAUGAGGCAUCUGGCGGGCCUGCUGUGUGGAGUCAUGGUUACACAGAAGCCUCGGGCAUCAAGAACAAACUGUGUGUUGCAGCCCUUUCAGUGAACAGUUUCUGUGGGAGUCGUGAGGCUCUGUAUGGUGUGUUUGAUGGGGACAGAAAUGUGGAAGUGCCCUACCUUCUGCAGUGCACCAUGAAUGAUGUGCUGGCAGAAGAGCUACAUAAGACCAAAAGUGAAGAGGACUACAUGACCAAUACCUUUCUUGUCAUGCAAAGGAAACUGGGAACUGCAGGGCAGAAGCUGGGUGGCUCGGCAGCACUGUGCCACAUCAGGCACGACCCCACAGACCCUGGUGGCUGCUUCAUCCUGACGGCUGCAAAUGUGGGCAAGUGCCAGGCCAUACUUUGCCGCGAUGGAAAGCCGUUGCCCCUGUCGCUGCUUCAUAAUGUCGGGCUGGAAGAGGAGUACCGCAGGAUCAGGCAGCACAAGGCUAUCAUCACUGAGGACAACAAGGUGAACGGUGUGACUGAUUCUACACGAAUCAUGGGCUACUCCUUCCUUUACCCAUCAGUCAUCCCUCGUCCCUACGUGCAGACAGUCACCCUCACUCCCCAGGACGAGUUCUUCAUCCUAGGCAGCCGCGGCCUAUGGGACACGGUGUCUCCCACCGAGGCAGUGGAGGCUGUCCGAAAUGUCCCUGAUGGCCUGGCUGCUGCCAAGAAGCUGUGCACGCUGGCGCAGGGCUACGGCUGCACUGACAGCCUCAGUGCUGUUGUGGUCCAGCUCAGUGUGAGUGAAGACUGCUGCUCCUGCUGCUGCUCUGAGCCUCCCCAGCCUCCUCCGAGCCCUGGCCUGGGCUCCUACCCCCCCUCAGCCUCUGCUAUCAAGGAGAGGCCCCUUGGGGCUCCUGACGGCUCCCUCCCUGUGCCCCCCUCGUCCUGCAGUGAAAUAAGCAGUGAAAUCAGCACCAGCGAGAUGAGCAGUGAGGUUGGCUCCACAGCUUCAUCUGACGAGCCACCACAGAGUUCCCUGGUGCUGCUGCAUGAGCAGCCCCACCACCCUCACCUUCACCUGCACCACCAGGCCCACUCACUCUCCCUCCUGCACCAGCAGGCCCACACAAACACCCAGCCUUGCCAAUAUUUGUACCCAAAUUCAGAGCUGCCCUCUGCCCGUAGUUGCUGUGCCCUUCAUCCAGCUUGCCUAGCGGGCUCCUUCCAGAGGCAGCUGUCCAGUGCCACCUUUUCCAGUGCCCUGUCAGACAAUGGGCUGGACAGCGAGGAUGAGGAGCCCAUCGCCGGUGUUUUCUCCAAUGGGAGCCGUGUGGAGGUGGAAGCAGAUGUUCACUGCCUCAAAGCUGACUCCUUAUCCUCCCCAUCACCUCAAACCUCAUUAGCACCAUCCUGUAGUCAGGAGCGCACCUUGCUGCCUCUUCCACCUCCACCUCCCCCACCAUGCACCCCAGAGCCCCUGGAGGAAGGGGUUGAUAUGAGCCUUGGGGAGGCAGAGAGUGGGCUGGAAAGGGAUGAGCCAUGGCAGGGAGGCGGAUUAGGAGGUGGAGAUGGAGGAAAGAUGGUGGGGAAGAGGAGGGGGAACGGGUCAGUGGCACCGCAGGAAAAGAGUCACAACCUUAUAGAGGUGGCCGCUGAUGCACCCUCAAAGAAGCCUGGGGGUUACUUCACUGCUCCAGCUCAGCCUGACCCAGAUGACCAAUUUAUCAUACCCCCUGAGCUGGAGGAGGAGGUGAAGGAGAUCAUGAAGCAGCAUCAGCAGAAACAGCAGAAGCCACCUGGGACUGAUCAGCCCACUGAUUACUACGACACCCCCCUCUGAACACCACCACCACCAACAACAACAACACCACCACCACCAACAACAACAACAACAAUCUGCUCCCAGCUGCAGCCUGUACAGACCACUACCAUUGACUCAACCACUCUGAUUUUGCAGUACAUGGACACAAAACAUUGAGGUUUUUCCAGAGGCUGUAAAACGCACAUGAAAACAAAAAUCUCAUCCUACUUUUCUAAAGUCUGCAAACUUUCAGCACUAAAACGCUCUACAUCACCUCACCACUGGAGUAACAUGCACUGUUAUCUGCUCCAUCCCUCUUUUUACUAAGCAACGUAUAGGAUAGGACAAGCAAAUGAGCCCUUUAAUGAUACCCAACCCUUUUCAAUACCCUUUGGAGACACUCCCUAGUGUCCAGGGUCGUGCCCUUCUCACAGACUGCGGAACAUUGUUUUUACAUAGACGACCAGCCGAGUAUUUAAUCAACACUAGUCUCUCUGCAAUAGUGUUAGCCUGCCACAACACUUGUUAAUAUGGAUAAUGAUCCCAUGGUUUGUUUGUUUUGUUUUUUAAGAACUUACCAUAUCUUUUAAUGUGAAAGAAGUGAAGUUGCUGAAAAAAAAACUUUUUAAAACAGAGACACAUAAUCUUUUUAUUAUCAGUGAACUAUGUUGAAUGGUACACCAGUAAUACCACGCUUAACUGUUGUAGAUAGGGCACUUAAAAUACUGUAUUUCUUCAGUAAAUCAUGGCUCUUGGCCUGUAAAAUGGCAUAGAAAUUUUUGUAGAAAUUUUAAAGACUAACUCCUAGGAGUUGCAUACUCUUUAUGGUGACUUAGUCACUUUUACUAAUCUUCUCUGAGAGAAAUGGUGAUUUUUUUUCCCAAUGAUUGUAAAUAUGAGAAAUGUUGUGUACUGAUGCUUUUAAAGGAACUGUGUACCUGUAUGUCGGUGAAGGGUUUUAGUGGUAGGGAGUAUGUUUGGUUCACCCAGAGAUUGCUAUAAUGGAAAUAUCACCCUCCUCUAUCUUACACUGUAGACCCACAAAUUCUACACACACACACACACAUGCACACAUGCACACACACACACAUACACACACAGCUACAGUUCAGAAACCCAGACUUUACGUGUAAUUACACAAAAUUGCUAUGGUUUGCUUGGUUUUGUUUGCUUGUGAUGUCCCGUUGUCAUCACUGUAUCUAACGCACACUAAUAGACACAUACUUUCGCAUGCACACUUGCACAUACACACACACAUGCACAUACAUGCAUACAUGGACACACACAGGUAAUAUUAGUCCCACCUCCCUUCUACAGUUACUGUUAUCACCGGCAUGACUGUGUCAAGUUCAGUAAUACAAACAAAUAUAUCCACAUGGAAAGCAGACAACACAAAUGUUCCUUUGGUCUUUGGUAUAAUAAAUUUUAAAUUUGUGAGUAUAAGU